ACGCGCGGGGCUCGCGGCGUCGCAGCGCGCCGGACUCGUCGGGGCCCGCGGCCGCCCGCGCCUCUCAAUGGGCAGCUCGCACUUGCUCAACAAGGGCCUGCCGCUCGUAAGACUUUGAGCCCGACGCAGGCUUCGGUGGUUGCUGUGGAUCAGAAGCCUGAGAGCUUUGGUUCGAGACAAUUAAAGCCGUGGGAUGAGGAUCCAAGACAGGACGCGGUUCUGCCUGGGGAUUCUGAAGAUAAAAAGCUUUGAAAAGUCGAAUUCAUGGUCGUGGAAACCGAGCCCAUAUUAAGAAAUGUCAGGCGUCCGACCUCCGAUCAUGAACGGGCCCAUGCAUCCCCGGCCCUUGGUGGCGCUGCUGGACGGCCGGGACUGCACGGUGGAGAUGCCGAUCCUGAAGGACGUGGCCACGGUGGCCUUCUGUGAUGCGCAGUCCACGCAGGAGAUCCACGAGAAGGUCCUGAACGAGGCUGUGGGGGCCCUGAUGUACCACACCAUCACGCUGACCAGAGAGGACCUGGAGAAGUUCAAGGCACUUCGAAUAAUUGUGCGCAUCGGCAGUGGCUUUGACAACAUCGACAUCAAGUCAGCCGGGGACUUAGGCAUCGCCGUCUGCAACGUGCCUGCCGCAUCCGUGGAGGAGACUGCCGACUCGACCCUGUGCCACAUCCUGAACCUCUAUCGGAGGACCACCUGGCUGCACCAGGCACUGCGGGAAGGCACGCGUGUCCAGAGCGUUGAGCAGAUCCGCGAAGUGGCCUCUGGCGCUGCCAGGAUCCGUGGGGAGACCCUGGGUAUCAUCGGACUAGGUCGCGUGGGGCAGGCAGUGGCACUGCGGGCCAAGGCCUUCGGCUUCAGCGUCCUCUUCUAUGACCCGUACCUGUCGGACGGCAUCGAGCGAGCACUGGGGCUACAGCGUGUGAGCACCCUGCAGGACCUGCUCUUUCAUAGUGACUGCGUGACCCUGCACUGUGGCCUCAACGAGCACAACCACCACCUCAUCAACGACUUCACCGUCAAGCAGAUGAGGCAAGGGGCUUUCCUAGUGAACACGGCCCGGGGCGGCCUGGUGGACGAGAAGGCGCUAGCCCAGGCCUUGAAGGAGGGGCGGAUCCGCGGCGCAGCCCUGGACGUGCACGAGUCAGAGCCCUUCAGCUUUAGCCAGGGCCCCCUGAAGGACGCGCCCAACCUCAUCUGCACCCCCCAUGCUGCAUGGUACAGCGAGCAGGCUUCCAUCGAGAUGCGCGAGGAGGCGGCCCGGGAGAUCCGCAGAGCCAUCACAGGCCGGAUCCCGGACAGUCUGAAAAACUGCGUCAAUAAGGACCACCUGACAGCCGCCACUCACUGGGCCAGCAUGGACCCAGCCGUUGUGCACCCUGAGCUCAACGGGGCCGCCUACAGCAGGUACCCCCCGGGCGUGGUGGGCGUGGCCCCCACAGGCAUCCCAGCCGCUGUUGAAGGCAUCGUCCCCAGCGCCAUGUCCCUGUCCCACGGCCUGCCCCCCGUGGCCCACCCACCCCACGCCCCUUCUCCCGGCCAAACUGUCAAGCCUGAGGCGGACAGAGACCACUCGAGUGACCAGUUGUAGCCCGGGAGGAGCUUUCCAGCCUCAGCACCCGGCACUUGGCGCCGCACAGCCCAGCCCCCCUGCGCGGAGGUGGCACUGCGUAGCGGCCGCAGCCCCGGAGACCGGCGGGCGUGCGGGCGGCGAGGGCCGUGGCCCCCUCGUGUGGAUUGUGCUCGUCCAGCCCCGUGGGCUGGGUCCCUGCCCCGUGUCCUUUGCGUUCCUCGUUCAGCAAAAGAAGUUAGUAGUUAAUUCUAUCAUGAA